AUGCCUCUCCCUUCAAACGUCCAUGUCUCUUCCCACCCAUGUCUCCAGACUAAGCUAUCCCAGUUACGCUCACAAAGCACCAGCCCCCGCGAGACAAGAGACCUAGUCAACGAGAUAGCCUCCAUCCUAGGCGUCGAGGCCUUCGCCAGCGGCCUAAAGCUGAAGUCAACAGGCAAAGACAGAACCCCCCUCGGCGUGGAAUAUGAAACCCAAGGCAUCGACCCCGCGGACCUAGCUCUAGUCCCAAUCCUCCGCUCCGGCCUAGGGAUGGUCGAAGCCUUAAACUCCCUCCUCCCCACCGCCGUCCCAAUCUACCACCUAGGCCUCUUCCGCGACAAAAUGACCCUCCAGCCAGUCGAAUACUACAACAACCUCCCCUUUCACCGAUCCGAUCUCUCGCCCGCCAGCCCAGCCUCCCUAGACCCAUCCAUUAAUACCGCUGCCGCCUCGCUAGCCGUCCUACUAGAUCCCAUUAUCGCGACGGGAGCGACUGCCGAAGCGGCAAUCCAUCUGCUGAAGGAUUGGGGGGUGAAAAGGGUGAUUAUGCUGAGUGUGCUUGUGUCGGAGGAGGGGGUGAAGCGUGCGGCGGGGGUGUGGGAGGAGGGUGUUGAGUUUUGGGUCGGGGGUGUGGAUGCGUCGUGUAAUGAGAAGGGAAUGAUUGUUCCCGGGGUUGGGGAUAUUGGAGAUCGGUUGUUUGUUGCUGUUGGGAAGUAG